UGCGGGCUGUAGUGGCCCGGUAGCGCCUGCCAGAGGGUAGCAGGGUGAAGAGAUGGUUUGCGGGGUGAGUCUCAUCCUUCAAAAGUAUGAUUUAUAUCGUAGUGUAACCUUUUGUGUUGGGUUCGUUUAGGUGAAAUCCUCACUUAUUAGAUAGACGAACUGGAGGGAGACAAGGAUGCUCUUGAACAGUUUAAUGGAUCACUUCUCACUCCUCUACUUUCCACACUCAAACGUCACUUCCUGAUCCUCCAAAACAUAACAUGUCAACAUCCAAUCACAUUGAUGAAUUUCCAAUAACUUAACUAAACAGAGAAGUCCUAGAUGGACUAAAUGUUAUUUAUAAAUUCCCAACUUAGAUAUAACUUCUAAUUUAAUUAACCUUCCAACAUAAUAGAAAAUGCUCCAGCUUACAGUAGCAUAUGACAUAGCGGAUCGAUUCACACGGGAAAAUGAGACCCACUAUUGGUUUCACCAUCAUGAUGCAGGCAAUACAGGGAAAUUCCCUCUUUCACAAUCCAACCCUUAUCGUAGUUUAUAUAACAAAAGGAGAUUUUAGGAGGAUUAGGUUUUGAGUGUGUUCUCGUAUUUCUCCACACUGUAAUAUAUUUUGUAUGAACUGUCUCAAAAAUAAAGUGUUACUUAGAACCUGACUCUUAUUAUACAAUGUAUGAUCUUACUAUGAUGAUACAUCGAUUUUUACUAAUCCUGUCAAUGCAUUAUAGGGGUUUAUGGAAACUGUAAUUAGGUAUGCACGGAAUGAAUAGGAUAAUGUGAAAAUAAUCUGGUGAGAUGUAGGCCUACAACUGCAACUUCUCAGUUUUAAGCAGUAGGCCGAAAUGGGAACCUGAAACAUUAGAAAAAGUGAACUGUUACAUUUUCCUCCUGGAAAACAAGCAAAUAAACGACACAAAAAGUUUCUCUCGAUAAGGGCAAGUUUUAAUUUGAUUUUACAGAGGGAUAAAGGAGCGAAGGAGACUACAAACUUAAUUUGCGGCACUCCCCUUUAAACGUAUAUUCGCGUCUCUCUACCGCUCUCAUACUCAUGUGAAUUAUGAUGACGUUAUGCGAUACAUCCGUGAACAGAUCAAACGUGAACACAUAUCUGCCGUUUUACAAUUACCAACCAAUGUACAACCAAUGUGGAGUGCCACUCAUGAACCGGUUAUCUCCGAGUCUCAAGUCCAAAAUUGACAAAUUUAUAUUUUGUAUCAAACUGAUAGGAAGCAUACAUACACACAUUGCUGCCUAUUUAUUUAUACGAUUUUACACAACACAAAUCAGAAAGAUAGCCUACAUGUUUGUGGUGGUCAGAUAUUUGUGGAUCAUGGUAGGCUACACGUCUCUGGGCUGUCUUCUACGGGUUACAAAUAGUAAAGUCCAACAAAAACUUCCAUACACGAACUUGUUCAGUCAGUGCAAACAAUAAAACAGUAGGCAGUGCAAACCAUAUUGCAUAUUGACUCAUCUUUCAGAAGGGGCCGCUGUCAACCGGCUUUCCUUCGCGAAAUUUCACGCCACACCUACCUCCCCGAGGCGUGGCAGAGGUGUGGUACACAAAUAGGUACAGGAUAAUUGUUGCUGCGCAGUGCAGCCUUGAUCUCCUCAUGAAAAAUCAUUCAGUUGACAAUUGUUAGGAAAUACGGCGUUCAUUCGGCAUUUGGCAUAAUUUCACCGAAAAAAUGACGGUUGAGCCGUUGCGUUCAGCGAUAUCCAUUGGAAAGAGCGAGGAUACGUCUCUCGCGCUGCCGUCAGAUAACAAACUACGCACAGGACAGCAACGUGUACUGGAUCAAGUUUUCACUAUAAAGAGAAGCAAGUCGAAACAACUUAAAAAUGGAUCCCUCUCGCCCACAAGUCCAGCAUCCUCAGGGACCUCAGAGUCUGUGACCUUCAAGUUCUCACCUACAACCAUGAAUGGCAGCGUCUUUGGAAGGAGCAAGUCGGUUGUAGUGGGCGGCCACAGUAAAACGCCUCUCCAGCAGAAGAGCCGUACGCUCUCCACAAAGACCAGGAGGCAGGUAAACGGCACCGGCCAAUGGGAGCAGCGCUUCCAAGCCUCCAACUGGCCCCAGGCUCCCCUGUCACCCAAGCCGCUGGGAACCAAUGGGAUCAAGUCCAGCAUCAGUGACCUGGCUCUGGUGAAGCGUGCCACCGGGCAGACCUCUGCCAGGCCGACCAGGGCCACCAAUGCCAGUAUACACUCCAUGACCAACGCGUUUGUCACCAGCCAGGCGGUCACCACCACACAGACCACACCGAACCGCUCUCAGAUCAUGCAAACGCCGUCAAACCCAGGCCUGGUGGAGACCAAGAUAUCCGUCGUCAGGGCUAAAACUGAGGUGGCUGGUGAAAACCCUCUCAGCAGUAUGCCAGACAUGACAAUGAGAGAGGCGGUGGAGUAUCUCUCCAAAGAAGAGGGGAAUUAUCAGCUAUGGGGAGCAUCCUACAUCCAACACAGCACCUUUAAGGAGGCCAAGCCCAAGCAGGAGGUCCUGCAGCUGGGUGGUAUCCCUCCUCUGGUGUUUCUCCUGCAGAACACCACCUCUCAGGUGCAGCAGACUGCUGCCGCCGCCCUGCGGAACCUCGUGUUCAAGAACAACGAUAAUAAGCUGGAAGUGAACCGCUGUGGGGGCACUGACGAGGCUCUGGUCCUGCUCAAGGAAACAAACUCCACCUUCACUCUGAAGCAGCUCACAGGCCUUCUGUGGAACCUGUCAUCAGCAGAUGAGCUGAAGCCCAGUCUGAUAAAAACGGCCCUACCAGUUCUCACUGAGAGCAUUGUGGGGCCCUACACGUGCUGGUCCGACACCAGCGUCAGUAACUAUGGGGACCCAGAAGUGUUCCACAGUGCUACCGGCUGUAUGCGCAACUUGAGUUGUUCCAGUAAGGAGGAGAGGCAGGCGAUGCGGGGCUGCCACGGCCUUAUCGACUCCAUUGUCACGUACGUGCAGUCCUGCGUGGCCGUUGACAGUGUGGAUGACAUGUCGGUGGAGAACUGUGUGUGUAUCCUGCACAACUUGACAUACCAGCUGGAGACAGAGGCCCCUGAGCAGUUUUCUAAGUUCACUGAACCAGCUGAAACGAGGGGCAAUGCCACCAAAGAGUCCUCAACCAUAGGCUGCUUCAGUCCCAAAAGCAAAAAGAUCCAGCAGAAUACCUUUAGCUUUCCACCGAUGGACGAAAACGACUCUAAGGGCAUGAGUUUGCUCUACCACUCCAAGACCAUCCAGACGUACCUGUCCCUGCUGGGCUCCAGUCAGAAGGACGCCACGCUGGAGGCCUGCUGCGGCGCUCUGCAAAACCUCACUGCCAACAAGAGUCAGGUGUCCAGCCUCAUUAGUCAAACCAUUGCACAGAAGUUGAAUGGCUUGCAGACGAUUUCCCCAUUACUCAAAUCACCGAAUCCCAACCUGCAGAAGACGACCAUGUCUCUGCUGGGCAACCUUAGCAGGACCACAUCUCUACACAACAGUAUGGUGCGGCAAAUCCUUCCCCAGCUUGCCAUGCUUGUGACAUCUGGUCCUAAGGAAAUGGGCAACUGUGAUGACACAGUGGUGACUGCCUGCAACACUGUGCGCACCCUACUGAUGUCCGAGCCUGACGUAGGCAAGAGGGUAGUGACCGGUGCCCUGGUCGAAACUCUCACUGGCUUGACUGACAAUAGGAAAUUCCCAAAGGCUAGCACAGCAGCGUCUGUGCUUCUGUACAGCUUGUGGGACGAGAAGGACAUCCAGAUCCUCCUGAAGAAGGUAAUCAAAAUCACAUCUGAAUUCAGAUUUUUUGAUUAAUAGUCAGAACACUCACGUUACUACUAAACAAUGUAUACUAAAA